AUGCCAGGCUUUCUCGUUCCUGACACUUAUGUGGUAGUCGCACCGACCCUCGACGACCUCCUAGUAGCCAGUAUCAUCUGGGGCUUCACACUCGCGACGGGAGUCUUUGCGGGCAAUAAGGCUCUCAAGCAGACGUGGGCACAAUGGAAACGUUCUCGACGCAUCAAGCCGUACGUGAUCAUGAUUUGGGCAGAAUGGAUCGUCUCCAUGGUGAUUGGCGUUUUAGCGUGGGCUUUUCUUCGGGGGUUCAUUGAGCCAAGCUUUUGGAUUUACCUCGUUUUUCUUGCUCUUUGGGUCGUUCAAAUCCAGUGCAUCUGCGGUAUCAUUAUCAAUCGAAUCGCUCUCCUCAUGGUCGACCAACGCGAUGUCGGCAAGAUUCGCUGGGGCGUAGCCAUCUUGCUAGGCCUCAUCAACAUCAGUGUCUUCGUCAUCUGGAUCCCCGCGCAACUGCAAAUCUCUAAGACGUGGGUGAAUAUCAACCAUAUUUACGAUCGCAUCGAAAAGGCUAUCUUCCUAGUCAUCGACGCCAGUCUGCAUCUCUACUUCAUCUAUCUGAUCAGAGUCAAGCUCAUCGCCAACGGUCUCGACAAGUAUACUCCUCUCUUCCGGUUCAACAUGUUUAUGGUGGCGAUAUCCAUGAGCCUCGAUAUUAUUCUUAUCGGUAGCAUGUCUAUCGGCAACGGUUUUAUCUACGUACAAUUCCAUCCUCUUGUCUACAUGCUUAAACUUCAUAUCGAGAUGAACAUUUCUGCCCUCAUUGUCAAGGUUGUUCGCGCUACGGGUAAUCACAGCUCCUAUCAAAACGACUAUGCACAGGGUACAGAGCUGCGGUCGAAGUUCAGGGGUAACAUCCAGGCGGCCGGGCCCUCUGGUAAUCGGACCGGUCUAGGGACCAUGGGCCAGCUGUUUUCCAGCCAUAAUGAGGCGCACAUCGAGGUCGAUGCAGGCAGCAAGACAACGUCCAAGGGCAUUACGAAUAUUGUCCAGACGCGGGUGACAGUCACGUCGAGACGCCAUGAGGAAGAAGACGAAGACAACAGCUCGCAGUCGUCGACGCGUCAUUUGAAGCGUAACUCUCAUGUCUACCAGGAUCAAUUCGCUUGAGGGCAU